AUGGCGGUGCGGCGGGGCAAACGGGCGGGAUGUUCCCCCAUUGCGCCGGUCUUUGCGUUGUUGACCAUUGCGCUUCUCAUGGUAGUGUACUUCAUGGCCUUCACGGUGGGCAACUCCUCCAUGGUAUCGCGGGGAAAUCAGAAACUAGAGCUCACCGCUCACAUUGUGCGAAUGAAGACGGAACGGUAUGUGCAGUGCCAAUCGCAGGUGCAGCUGCUGCGGAAUGGGCAGACAACCGUCACACAGGCGAAGGAGGUGGUGGACGGCACCCGAAAGAAUCUCGAAACGGAACUUGAACUUCUCAAAAGCCGUAAUGAACUCGCCACACAGGAAGUAGAGGAAUGUAAAUUAAAAAAGAAAGAGUUAUCGGGGAAACAGCAAGAGGGCACCGGCUCAACACAACGUACACCAUUUGCAGAAGAGGAAUAUCAACGAUAUAUGGCGGCUAUUGCUCUUAUCAACGGCAGUAGUCGUGUAGGGCGGCAAAGCACUUCGGAUCUUCUCACGGCUCUCACAAGAGAAGUUGAAAAGCAGAAGAAAUUAUGGAGUGAGAGUGUUAAACUAAUGUCGGAGUGUAAUAAUGCCGCAACUCGCUACAGUGUAGUCUUUGACGCCGGAAGUACCGGCAGCCGCGUGCAUGUCUUCCGCUACAAUCUCACCAUUGAACCCCAAAACACCACACCGAAGAUGUCACUAUUACCAUUUCUUCAACUCAAUGAUGAACUCUUUGUGCAAAACCACGCCCCACUCUCAAAGUUUGAUAACGUGCAUGAUGCCGCCGCUUCCCUCACAGAUCUACUGAACGCCGCCAAGACAUACGUCCCUCACUCUAUGCAUGCAUGUGUGCCGAUUGAACUCAAAGCCACGGCGGGUUUACGCCGCAUUGGCAGAGAACGGGCACUCGCCGUACUUGAUGCGGUCCGACGUCAUUUUCAGCUUGGGCCAUUCUGGGUGCAGAAAGAAACAGACUCUGUGCGUAUUCUCGAGGGAUAUGAAGAAGGGCCACUGGCGUGGUUGACGGUUAAUUAUCUUCGCGGGGCAUUGGGCGGUAAUGCCAACAGCACAGCCACCAUUCUCGAUCUUGGCGGUGGCUCUACACAGAUUGUUAUUCACCCAGAUGAUGCCAAAGUACUUGAAAAUCAGAAAAAGUUCACUCACGAGUUCCAUGUGAAUGGACGUUCAUAUCUAGUGUAUCAACAUAGUUACGAAGGAAAUGGGUUACAUGCUGCCAAGGAACAACUUCUUAGUGCUGUGAUGGCAGCUCAUGCAUCAACUAAGGAAGCCAUACCGAAUAAUAAUAAUGAUAAUUCCCCAAAUACAGAUAAUGUAGGAGAUAAUGCACAUACAAAAACUGUUAUUGACGCAUUUCCGUGUUUCCCAAAGGGAUAUAUACAUCAAGAGACUAAUGUAUCGAAUAUCAAAGAUGGUGGUGUCUCCCCAUCUAUGGAAGCAUGUGUAGAACUUUUCCGAAGGUACGUGGUUCGUAAAAAUGAAACAUGUGGUAGUGAUACCUGUGGCUUCAAUGGUGUUUUUCAACCCAACGUAAAGACAGCUUCAACUGGUCCUGUUUAUGCCUUCUCUUACUAUUAUGAUCGUCUAAAACCAUAUAUGGAGAGUGAAGUUAUUACUGUAGGAGGUGUGGCAAGUAUCGCAACUCGAGUCUGCGGGGAGAUGAAAUCUAUGGAGGAAAUAAAAAACAAAACAGAGGAAAAGAAAAAUGGCAUUUUAAAAGAAGAAAUGGAAUGUUUUGAACUUUCAUAUAUGUUUACGCUGUUGCAUCAUGGAUUUGGAUACCCAUAUGAACAGGAAUUGCACAUUGCGAAGAAAAUUAAUGGGUUUGAGACGGCAUGGGCCCUCGGUGCCUCACUUGUUACCCUUGAGGGAAAAUGA